UAAAACAUAACCUUCCUUUCCUAACUUUCCCAAAAACGCACCACAUUUCCUCUUUUAACAUCUCAGCACGAAUAUUUUUAGCUCUGCAACCCUUAACCCUCGUCACAUUAUAUUCUCCAACAAAAACUGUUUGUAAGAGGGGCUUGCAAUUUGCAUAAAGGUUUACAUUUUUUUGGCUGCUUGGGAAAGUCUGAUCAAAGGGAAAGAUGGAUAGCACAGUGGCAUAUGAGAACGAUCUGAACCUGAAGGCAACAGAACUUAGGUUGGGGUUGCCAGGUACAGAGGAAAAGGAGGAGAAAACCGUGCCUGGUUUUAGAAACAAUAAAAGGCUAUUGCGGGAAACUUCUCAAGAGUCUGUUUCCAUUUCCAAUGCCUCCCAUGACCAACAUGUCCAGAGUGGUGCAGCCCCUCCUGCCAACAGGGCAAAGAUAGUGGGGUGGCCACCAAUCAGAUCGUACAGGAAGAACAGCGUUCAAGAGGGUGAGGGAGAUGGGAUCUAUGUGAAAGUGAGCAUGGAUGGAGCCCCUUACCUCAGAAAGAUUGACUUGAAGCUCUAUAGAGGCUAUCCUCAACUACUCAAGGCUUUAGAAACCAUGUUCAAGUUGACCAUAGGUGAGUACUCUGAAAGAGAGGGUUACAAGGGUUCUGAAUAUGCACCUACCUAUGAAGACAAAGACGGUGACUGGAUGCUGGUUGGAGAUGUUCCAUGGGACAUGUUUAUGACUUCCUGCAAAAGGCUAAGAAUAAUGAAAGGCUCAGAAGCUAGAGGACUGGGUUGUGUUGUAUGAGAGACAACUCUUGUACUGUGGCUAUGACGAGGAAAACCAUUCUUUCAGCUUGGGUUCUUUGAACCAACAUAUUUUGAAUCAGUGCAUCCUAUCACCAUGUCUAUCUGGAGUUAGACUAUAAAGUAGGGAGAAGGAAGAUUCUCUCUACAAGUUUUGUCAACAUUUCUGGUUACUUUAGCAUCUGUGAUGGAGUGCUAUAUGCUGUUGUUUCUAAUGAACCCUUUUUCAAUCAGGAACCUCAGAAAGUUGCCUCCAAUGAAGUUUUUCAACAAGAGAGUCAAAAGGGACUGAUAUGUUCAUCCGAUUUUUCUUUUUUUCUUUUUUGGGUUUUGUAUCACAUACAAAAAUACAGUGUAAUACCCCAAAUAUUCGUAUGCCAUACUUUGCAAUUGAAUGGACACAAAAUUAACU